AUGGACUGCGCAGCCCCGUCGCCGCCCCCUGCAGCAGCAGAGGCGCUGGAUAAGCUGCAGGAUCUGUUUGCUGCUGCUGCUGCUGCAGCAGAAGCUGCAGGACAAACGGCCCCUCCCAAAGAAUGGGGGGACAUAGCUGAGCUGCGGCAGCGCUUUCCUUUUGAUGACCCUUCAGCUGUUGAUUUGAAUGCAGUGACAGCAGAGCAGCUGCCGCUGCAAGAAGGCUCCGUCUGUCGCUUUCGCUGCUUUGUGAAGCAGCCUCUUAAUGCUGAAUGGUACAUUGGAGCUGUUCAAAACCAGGGAAAAUGGGAGUCUUCCAAAUUCAGGGAAUCCCUGCCAAGUUCUUUUGCUGCUGGCAGCAAGACAGCUUUGUGGAGCCGCCAGGUGUACCGUUGCAGCCUCAUCCCAGGGGCUGCUGGCUGGUGGCAGCAGCAGCAGCAGCAGCAGCAGCAGGAGCAGCAGCAGGAGCAGCAGCAGGAGCAGCAGCAGCUGCUGUCACUGCGCGAGUGUCUUGUGCUAUUUUACCCAACAGCAGACGAAGAGCUGCCGCGGCUGAAUGAAAUCAUUGAAGUUUUGGCUUGCUGCAGCUGUGGGGCCCCACCCCAAAGCCCCAAGGGGGCCCUUCCCCCCCGUCUACAUGCAUUUGCUUUCCGGCGGCUCUUUUGCAUGCAGCCGCAGCGGCCCCUUCCCGCGCCGGAGCAGCAGCAGCAGCAGCAGCAGCAACUGGUCCUUGCAGUCAGCUUUGCUGAGGCGAGGCAGCACGCAAUCGAUCUCCUCAAGAGCUGCUUCGACGGGGACGAGCUAGCAGCAGAAUACGCGCUUCUCGCCCUUUGCUCGCGGGCUUCACAGCAGCAGCGGCAGCAGCGGCAGCAGCAGCAGCAGCAGCAGGAUGAGGAGCAGCAGCAGGUUUGCCAUGCUUUUCACCGCCUUCGUGUUGCAUUUAUUAGACCCCACAAAGCAGAAAUACAGGAGCCAAAUCAGCAGCAGCAGCAGCAGCAGAAUGGGGAGCGCUGCGUUGCUGGGGAAGGCACUCGGUGUGUGGACUUAGCAGCAGCAGCAGCACCAACGGCAGCAACAGCAGCAACAGCAGCAGCAGAAGCAGCAGCAGCAGCAGAUGACACCGCGGAGUCCUGCGUCUGCCCUUUCCUCUCACGGGCAAGUCAGCAGCUGCUGAAGGUCUGCAGAGAGCUGGUGCCGUGUGCUGCUGCGGUGUCUGUACACCCGGAGGUGCUGCUGCAGCAGCGCUUUGGCCCUGAGCUGCUGCUGUCGGACGGCGACGCAGCAGACGACAUUUUGUCUGCAGCAGCGCUGCAGCUGCCGCACGGUGCUGUGCUGCUGGUGGAUGAGCCGAAGUCUUUGGAGAGAAAGGAAAUAGAUAUCUUUUUGAAGAAAAAAGCAGCAGCAGCAGCAGCAACAGCAGCAGCAGGAGCAGCAGCAGCAGCUGGUGGUGGUGGAGCUGUUGCUGCCCCAGCGGCGGAUGCUGAAGCCGCCGCUGCGCAGAAGAAGCAGCAGCAGCAGCAGGAGCAGCAGCAGGAGCAGCAGCAGGAGCAGCAGCGGCGGCAAAUUGGAAAGAACAUCAGUGCGCUGCAGACGCUGAUUGCUGAGGGGGCUGUGCCUUAUGACUUUGUUGCUGCAGUUCAUUCAAUUUGCUGCGACUGCGCUGUGCUGCUGCUGACGCACAAGUAUUCCUUUUCCCAUUUUAAUCAACUAAUUCAAGUUCCCCUUUUGCCCAGACGCAGCAGCAGCAGCAGCAGCAGCAGCAGUGGCAGCAGCAGCAGCAGCAACGACAGCAGCAGCAGCGACAGCAGCAGCAGCAGCAGCAGCAGCAAAGUGAGCGGCAGCGGAGACGCAGAUGCUGCUGCUGCAGCAGCAAGAGAGUUUGUUGCUGCAGCAAGAGGAGGCCGCGGAGCUCUUCGCCUCGAAAUGGGUUUAAGCGAAACAGCAGUUUCGGACUUCGUGCGAAAACGCCAAUUGUUCGAAGACGUUUCUUCAAAUGACUUCGAGCGGUGGCUGCUGGUGGCGGGGGCCGUGGCUGCGUCUUGGGGAAGUUUCGUAAAAAAGGAAAAAGCUGAAAAAGAAAAAAAUGAAAAAGAAAAAGUUGAAAAAGGAAAACUUGAAAGAGAAGAAGUUGAAAAAGAAAAUGCAAGUUUUAUUAUUUCAUCUUUGAAUUCUGGCGAAGACGAAUUUGACGUUUUGAUUUGCAAACAGCACUGGGAGAAGGCGCAGGAGCUCGAAGACGAGCGCAGAAAAAGAAUUCGAAGUUUAAAAUUGAGACACGAAAUAUUAAAAGAAAAAGAAGAAACAAAAGACCAAAAAGAAAGAGAAAAAGAAACAAAUGACCAGCUCAAAGCUCUCCUCGCCGACGCCGAAAAUCUCGCGCUAAACUGA